GAACGCUCACUUCUCCAUACUGUAUUCUGGCAACGAAGCCAUAAAGGUGCCAUUGUAUUCGAGGGCAGGGCAUUAGCGGGUCCGCAGAGGCCAUGUUCAUGCGGGGCAGUCUCAUCUCCCUGCGGGGCGCUACAGCGAGGUGCUGGAAAAGAGGAGAACAUAAAGGAAAAGAAGAAGCCCGUGUGGCCGCUUUGGUCUCUGGCAGCUCGGACCAGGGAGGUGGGAUGGGCAGAACGCAGGAGCAGGUAAACGGAAAUGACGCAAGGCGCCGCCAUACCUUUUGAGGGCGGAGACGGCAUCAGUCUGGCCAUGCUGGCUACGGGCACUGGGUCUACCCGGGACCCCGGGCGCGGUGGGGAGGUGUCUGCGCGGCGGAGCGGGGCCCCCGACGCUCACCCGGCCUCCUGCAUGAUCGCGUUCUCCAUUCCUGCGGGUGAGGGCUGCCUCCAGCUUGACGGCGCGGCGGGUGGGAGUCCUCUGGCUUCCCUCGCCUCUUGGGGGAUUUUGCUCUUGUCACCUCCUGGAACCACUUUCCUCACUCUUAUUCCUUGCCUUUCGCCCCUCCUGAAGGUCCUGUCACUUUUCCUCAUCUCCGCAUGUGCGGGACAGGUCUCCCUAAUGUUAACUUCUGCAUUGAGGCGGGACCCCCCCCACACCCCACAGGACUCUCGGGGGUGGGGGGAGUCGCUAGGCUCGGUCUCCUGGUUGAGAAUCGGAGUCCGCGGUCUCCAGGCCCUGGCAGGGACUUCGUGUGGCUCUUCCCACCCUUUUGUCCCUGUCUCUUCUGAUGGGAGAUUCACCGCCCACGCAACCCCCCCUUCCUGUGGCUGUCCCGGGAGCCCCCUUUCCCUGUUCCCUCCAUGGCAGAAGGGCCUGGGACCCAGAGUAGUGAGAGCCCAGGCCCGCAUGCCAGGCUGCGUGGCCCUGGAUCUGUCAUGUCCCUGCUUGGACAGGAUCACUGUCCAGUGCUGUGCAGUUUGGGCUUCCAGAAGAAGCAGUUUCAGCCCCACUCCUGCCUUAUCUGGCUGUGUGCCUUCUGGCCAGUGUCUUAAGCUCUCAGCUUCUCUCCCAUCUGGGAGAGUUGCGGCUGCUGCCCGGCCACCCAAACCCCCACCAGUUCCACAGCCGCCCAGUCCUGAUCCGAGCCCGCCCCGCCUGGCCUUGCCGAAGGAGGACGAUGAGGAGGACGAGGACGAGCCCACAGAGACAGAGGCCUCGGGGGAGCGGCUGGGUGGCAGCGAUAAUGGAGGGCUCUUUGUGAUGGAUGAGGACACCACCCUCCAAGACCUGCCCCCCUUCUGUGAGUCGGACCCCGAGAGCACAGACGACGGCAGCCUGAGCGAGGACGCCCCCGCUGGCCCCCCGGCCUGCUCCAUGCCCCCCGCCUCAGCCCUGCCCACGCAGCAGUACGCCAAGUCCCUGCCCGUGUCUGUGCCCGUCUGGGCCUUCAAGGAGAAGAGGACCGAGGCGCGGUCGUCGGAUGAGGAGAACGGACAGGUGAGGCCCCAGAGGGGAGGGAGGGGGAGCCCUAGGUUCUGCUGUCUCAUCCCUGAUCCGGUUUGUUUUUGCACGUCAUGGGAAUUGAACCCAGAGCCUUGUAUACACUAGGCAAGGGCUCCACCCCUGAGCUCUAUCCGCAGCCCCCCUCCUUUUUUUUUGAGACAGUGUCUCAGGCUGGCCUCAAACUUGAGAUCCUUCUGCCUCAGCCUCCCAGUUAUCUGGGACUUCAGGCAUGAACCUCCACACCUGACCUGUUAGCUGAUUGAAUCCUCCCCUCAGUCUGGAGAGGCAAGUGCUAGGUUCAUCAUACAGCCUUAGGCUGUGUACCAGGCCUUGUGGGAAGGCCUCUUCUCUCUGGAAGCAUCGUCAUCUGCCAAACAUGUGUUUUGGGCCAGGCACAGAUAUUUUAGCAUCCCUUAAGAUAGGGAAACUGAGGCCAGAUCACCCCACACAUUCCUGUUCCCACCCUUAUGUGCGCCACUGUGCCCACACAGUGCCCUAUAUGGAGUUCUUUGCCUGGUCCUGCUGCCCAUCUCUGAAAUUCCCUAAAGCAGAGGGGAGACAGAGGCACUGAGAGGACACGUGACUUUCCAGGGCCUAGAAUGGGUAGAGCUGGUACUGGAACCCAGUGUCUUUCAUAGGAGCUGUGGACCUCGAAGGAACAGGCCUGGGACCCCAGUACCCCCCUCACACCUCAGUGUUCUUAGUCGAAAGUCAACAUUCAGGGCAGUGACAGAGCCAGGAGGCUGAGGCAGGAGGAUCGCUGUGAGUUCAAGGCCAGCCUGAGCUACAUAACCAGACCU